AUGGACUCUUUAUCAUAGUCCAAAAAAUUUUCAGAUUACUAUAAAAUUGAUAAAAAUAAAAGUUUUGGAAAUGGACAAUAUGGAGAAGUUUAUGCAUGUGAAAAGAUAAAUGAUAAUAAUAAUAAUGAAAAGUAUUGUGUUAAGAUCAUACCAAUAAUGUAAAAGGAAAAUAAUCGGGAAUAGCUUAUAAAUGAAACAAUAAGAAAUUAUACUAAAAAUAAUCCUUAGUUUGUUAAUAUUGUUUAAACAUUUGAUACUUUUUAGGAUAAUUAUUCUGUAUAUAUAGUAAUGGAAUAAUGUGAAGAAGAUUUAUCUUCUGAAUUUGAAAGAAUGAAUGAAUAAAAAAUUUGGUAUACUGAAUAAUAAGUAUUUGAUAUAAUUAGGUAAAUUAUAACAGCUCUCAAAGAACUUUAUAAUUUAAAAAUAAUACAUAGAGAUAUAAAACCUGAAAAUAUAUUAAUCAAAAACGAAAAGUUAGAAGGUACUGAGAAAAAGAUAUAUAAAGUAAAAAAUUAUACUUACCUAAAAGAUAGGAGAUUUUGGAGUUGGAAAAAUAAUUUAAGAUACUCUAAAUAAAUCUGUUCUAACAAAAACAGGUACUUUGAUUUAUGCUGCACCUCAAAUGAUAUUUGAUGAAUCUUGUACAGAAAAAUGUGAUAUAUUUUCUUAUGGGAUACUAUUUUACUAAAUAUGUUAUAAAGGUCAGGAACCUUAUGAUUGUAUUCCAAAAAUUAAUUUAAUUAAAAGUUUAAAAUAACUGAAAGAUUAACCAUUUAAAACUCCACCACUUAAUUUUAGUAGAGCAGAUGUAUUAAAGGAUUUAAUUGAAAAGAUGAUUGUCUAUUAGGAGAAUUAAAGAGCUUCAUUUGAAGAUAUAUUUAAUCAUCCAGUAAUGAAUGUAAAAGGAAUAGAGGAAACUGAUUUUAUUCCUAAAUUAUAGAAUUCUGUUUCAUAAGUUAGUGUAAACUUCAGAGAGAAAAAAAAACAAAAAACUUUGAUUGAUGAUGUGUAAAUAUACUAGAAAUUAUUGGAAGUGUUAUAUAAUCGAUUUAAGAUCUGUGAAUAUGUUAUUAAAUAAAUUAAUAGCAUAAAAUAAAAUUAUGCAUUAUUAUAUAUCAUUCAUUUGAUAGCAAAAUAUUAAUUGGAAUAUGCACUUGCUAUUGUCUAUAUAAGACCUUAAGAUUUCCAUCCAUCAAUUAAAUAAGACAAUGAUAUUUUAGAUUUGGUAUAUAAAUUGGAUUAAGUUUAAAAGGGUCUUCAAAACUGUAAUGAAGACAUAAUUAAGUAAUAUUAAAAUUAUUAAAAAGAGAUUCAAAAUACUUAUCAUAAAUUUAAUUUGCAAUUAUCUCAAUUUUUAGACACAAUUUUAACACAAACUUUAUAAAAAAAUUUAUAAUUCUAAGGAGAAGUAAACGAGAUUUUUCAAGAUUCAAAAUAUCGAAAAAUUGAAAUACUCAAAUUAUAUUAUAUAUUAAGUCUUAUAAAAAAUUAGUAAUCUGCAACUAUGAGGAAUGAUAUAUAGGAACUUUUAAAUUAAAUAAUUAAUUUUGAAACUCAGUAUCCAAUAAAUCUAUAUAAAAGUAGCAUUGAUUUAAAUGAAAAAUUUCCCAUACAUAUUAUAUAAAAAUAAAAAAAUGAAUCUUUAUGA